UUCACCGCUUAAAAAGUUAAGAAAGACAUCCAACCUAUUCGAAGUUUUGUUGAUCUACUUUUAAAACGCUUGUAGUGGCCAUGGCUCGUUCACAGAAAAAAGGCAAUACAAAAGCUUCUAAGGUACAGCAAAAUACCAUUACAAGUAGCAACGGCAGCAGCAGCAAAAAGCACAACAAAAAGUAUAAUGUUCAAGACAAAUUGUUGAAGAAAUCUUUAGCUCAUGAUGUAUUUGAAGCAGAGGAGGAAGACGAUCAUCGUAAAGCCAACGAUUUGGAUGAUGUUGAGAACUUAGAAUAUGAAGCGGGUGAAAUCGCGGAGGAAGACGAUUCUGAAAUUGAUUCCGAUGAAGCUUUCGACGAGUCUGAUGAGGAACGGUUUGGCGAGUACAACUUUCUGAAUAAAUCUGAGGAUGAUAUGUCUGCAUCCGAUUUUGAGGAUGAAGAAGGAGAGGAUUAUGUUGAUCUUGCCGAAAUGAUUAGUAAUCUCGAUUCCAAAAAGCGUAGACGCCCUAACGAAGACGAAAGCGGCAAUAAAAAACGUCAAUUGAAAGAAAGGAACGAAGCAUAUAAUGAAAGCGAAUAUAAUUUAGGCACCCGACAAACAGAUGAUGAUUCUAAGAAGCUUAGCCUUGCUGAUUUGAUGGAAACUGUGGAAGAUGAGUCCAGUCUGAGUGCUUUGAAGACAAGUUUGGAAACUUUAGCUGGCAAAGGCAAAAAUGUUACCCGUAAAGCCGUUGAUGCACCAGUGGCUAAGCGUGUACAAGAGCGUAUGGAUCGUCAAGCUGCUCUUGCUACGGCUAAUGAGGAAGUUUCUAAAUGGCAGCCCACUGUCAACAUGCUUCGUGAAGCUGAACAUUUACAAUUUCCUCUUCAAGAUAAUACAGCAAAGCCUACUCGCAGCAGUGCUGCCAUGGCCGAUAAGUUCAAGGCAGAGACUCAAUUAGAACAGCAGAUUAAUGAAGCACUUGCUGAAGCCGGCAUGAAGGAUAAAGAAUUAGAAGAAUUUGAAGCCCUUAAGCUCAAUAAACUAUCGAUUGAAGAAGUAGAAGCAAGACGCAAAGAGCUUCGUAUGAUGCGUGAAUUAAUGUUCCGUCAUGAAAUCAAAGCAAAACGUCUAAAGAAGAUCAAGAGUAAAAGUUACAGAAAGUUGAAGCGAAAAGAGAAGGAUAGAGUGGUUCAUCAAAUGGAUGAGAUUGAUCAUGAUAUGGAAGGGGAUGAAGAUGUCGCUUUACAAAGGGCAAAAGAACGCAUGACACUUAAACAUAAAAACACCAGUAAGUGGGCUAAGCGUGCUUUAGCCCGUGGUGUGAAGGACGAGGGUACUAGAGAGGCUAUUAUGGAGCAGCUCCGUCGCGGUGAUGAACUUCGCCGCAGAAUGGAGGGCGAAAAUUCUGGUGACGAAAGUGAUGGAGAAGACGAAUACAAUGGGGAAAAUGCUUCUGAUAGUGAUGACGAAAAAGUCGAAGAAAAUGAAGAUGAUCAUUAUACCGUUGUAGCUAAUAAUCCAGGUCGUAUGGCUUUCGGCGCGAAGGCGAAGCAAAUUAAGAAUGAAUCAGCAGGUACAAAGAAUAGAGAUUCUUUUGAGGAAGAAUGGCUUCCUGUUAAUAGUGAUGACGAAGAAACAGAAGAUAAAGUUGAGGAACACUAUACUGUGGUAGCAAAUAAUCCCGGCCGUAUAGCCUUCGAUGGUAAAGCGAAACAAACCAAAGCAGAAUCGAAUGCCGAUGAUUCUGCAAAUCCUUGGCUUCAAGCUGAUACGUCUCGUCUCAAUAAGAAGGCUUCGAAGAAUAAAACUCUCUCUGGACAGAAUGAAAGUCGUGUUGAGCACAGCAUCGCCAAACUGAACAAGAAAAAGGAAGCCAGUGCAGCCGCUAGGGACGCAACUGAAGAUGUUGAGCUGGAUUUAACAAACGUGGCAACCAUUUCGUCAUCAAGAACGAUCAGUACAGCGAAAACAGCUAAAGGUGAUUCAGAUGAUGAAUCUCUUGAUGAAGAUGAUACCCCCACUGAUAAGAAUACCGUUGCCUUCAGUCAGCGAGAGCUUGUGGCAAGAGCAUUUGCAAAUGACGACGUUGUCACUGAAUUUGAAGAAGAAAAAAGAGCGGAAAUUGAAGAAGAUGAAGAUAAAGUUGAAGAUUUGACAUUGCCUGGUUGGGGAAGUUGGGGAGGUGCUGGCGUGAGGGAGAACAAGAAGAAGAAAAAGAUUAUCAAAGUGACAAAAGGCAUCGAUGCUGAUAAGAGAAAAGAUGCCAAGCUUGCACAUGUCAUUAUUAAUGAAAAGCUGAAUAAGAAGGCAGAAAAAUACUCAUCAACAAAUGUACCCUUUCCUUUCAAGACAAUGGAACAAUAUGAACGAUCUAUUAGCCAACCUGUUGGCAGUGAAUGGAAUACUCGUCAAACUUUCAUGAAGCUUACUAAGCCCAGAGUUAUCACUAAGCUUGGUAAAGUUAUUGAUCCCGUCAAAGCACCUUUCUCAUAGAGUAAUAAAAAAGUUUACCACCUUGAAAAAAUACAGUUCAA